AUUGUUUUAAUACGGCUUCUAUGGACAUAGCUGAUCAGGCAUUAUGGCGCACUACAGAUUUAAUCUGUGGCUGAUGGAUUGGAAGAGAUGAGUUUUACUCAAGGUCUUCCACUUUCGGCCAUUGGUCAUUAACAUGGCGACAAUUCAUAAAUAAAACACAUUCUAAAUGUAGACGUUGAAAGAGAAAAAGAAGUAGAAAGUGUCAUGUGGAACGGGACCAGCUCUUGUUUCUAGACACAGGUGACGACGUAUUGUGCAUGACAACGUGGCACUGAUGCGAUAUCUGCAAGUCUUUUUGGUAGAUGAAAAUGAUUAUCAGGAAUCAUCACAGCAGGAGCAAUAUGUUACCUAGUGGAAAACGUUAGGCUGUAACGCGCGGUUAGAUUACAGGACAUAGAUGACCAUGAUUCUUCGGGACAAGAGUCACCUCGUCUCCUGGGUGAUAGAGGUCCUUGGAAGGAAGAAUAGACCAGGCACCCCACUUCCUGCAAGAGUACCAGUUUCGUUGAAUAAUGAGAAAUAUUCUGCUCUUUAAAGUACACAGUGGGUAUGAAGUAUCAACCGGGUACAGGGUUAAUGCAAGAACAAAUGGAUAUUCCUGGUGUGUAAAAAUAUGAUGCGUAAGAGAGGACGAACCGGGGAGGACGGGGUCAAAGUGGGUUGUGGGCGACUCGCGAUUUCGUAACCUGAAAUAGCACUGUAGGAGCAGAGGGAGGAGAGUGUGAAGGAAUGACAGAAGACCUCAAGCAGUUGAGGAAAGACUUGGAGCCGGGCACAAUCUAGAAACAGAACGCUUUUGUAAGUCUUUCCGAAGCUCGCAUCAGUGAGGGCGAGCCACAGAUAAGGUACCACUCCACGUGCCAAGCGGAGUGCAAUGGGCUGAAGAUGUGCUCUUUUGCCCCCUUGUAACGCACUCAGUCAGGCUGCUCGGCUCAUCUUCUCCUUUCCUUUCUCCUUGCUGUAGCGCAUUGCCGUUGUUGACCUACCCAGCAGCAGCACUUGCUCCCCGAAACGCUCCUUGCCAUGGCCAUGGCACUGCCUGGCUCCUACCUCCUCUCCUUGCGCUCCCCUUUCCCCUCUCUCCUCUGCCUCUCCAUCCCUCGCUCUCGCUGUCUUCGCCCGAUUUCGCGCCCAGGACAAGCUUAUCGAAGUGUCCAACAUCUGUCUGUCCAAAGAUUAAGAAUUCAUGCGUCAUCGAGUGUGGGCCCUUUCGAGUCCGAAGGAAGGCAACUCUCUAACUUGGGAAAAGAUGAAGCUGACAAUUCCUCACUGGAUCACAUCUCCCAUUUAUGUGGGUCUCGAACACAAUCGGCGGCCUUGGCGAACUGAUCGUAACCAAACAGUAUCCUGGCCAAAAGACAAGCAAAAAGCGACCUUACAAGCAAUAGCAGGGGUAGCAGCAUUGGUGGGAUUAGGGACGUUAGGAGGUGUUGCACUGACGCUGUCCAAGGGAGGCCCUGCGGCUUUGAUGGCUGCCAUUGCCAAAUCUGGUUUUAGUGCUGCAUUCGCUCUUAUUUUUGUGUCUGAAAUUGGCGACAAGACAUUCUUUAUUGCAGCUCUUCUUGCUAUGCGGCAUUCUAGAGUUCUGGUUCUUUUGGGAGCAACUGGCGCCCUUUCUCUUAUGACCAUAAUUUCUGUUAUUAUAGGGCGCAUUUUCCAGAGUGUGCCGGCUCAGCUUCAAACCACUCUUCCAAUUGGAGAAUAUGCUGCUGUUGCUCUCCUAAUAUGGUUUGGAUUUCGGUCAAUUAAAGCUGCCUGGGAUUUGCCAUCCGAACAACCAGGAACCGCAGUGGAAUCUUCAGAUUCUGGCGAACUUGCCGAAGCUCAGGAGUUCUUGGAGAAAUCAGAGACUAAGAAAGUAGCCACACCGCUUCAAGUGGUGACUGAAGCGUUCAGCCUUGUUUUUGUAGCUGAAUGGGGCGACCGAUCAAUGCUUGCGACAGUCGCUCUUGGAGCCGCACAGUCUCCUUGGGGUGUUGCUUCAGGUGCCAUUGCGGGACAUGUAAUAGCCACUGCUCUUGCAGUGCUAGGAGGAGCUUUCCUUGCUCAGUACAUAUCUGAGAAAGUGGUCGGAUACACGGGAGGAGUUCUUUUUCUUGUGUUCGCAGCUGCAACACUUCUUGGAGUUUUUUAAACUUCUCGUGUACCCUCAGACUACACAUUAGUAACCAUUGUGUAUUUGUAUUCUAAAUUUUUGCCAUUUGUGGGCAUAUUGUAAACUCCCUAGCGGACCAUUCUUGUCCUGA